AUUUUGUUAACACAGGUUCAAACCAGCUGAACUCACAUUUCUCACGGGGUAUGCUGCUGUAAUGACCCCUGUCGCCAAGGCAACCAACAUACUGCAAGCAGAAACCAACGCACAAAUAGAGUGGCUACUUCCUACAAUUAACCUGCUACAGAUCAAGCUCGACAAAGUCAAGUUGCAGCUGAAGUACCGCAGGCCUCUUGUUAAUGCUUUACAGUCUGGAAUUCAGAACCGAUUCGGGCACAUGUUCAAGGAUGCUGAGCUGGUUACAGCUGCAAUUCUUCUUCCCAAGUUCCAAACAACAAGGACAAUGGAGAACGCCACCAUUAAAAUGGGAAUCGAUUACAUUAAGCAGCAUCUCGAGGAUCCAUCCAUGCAGCCACGUGAUGCGACCAGGUCGAGUUCUUCGGAUGAAUAUGACUUCUUCUCAUCUCUGCAAGCAUCGAAGACCCAAGAUGGUGGCAAACAAUUUGAUGCCUACCUGUCCUGCUCAGCUGACCACAUGGAUAUGCUGAAGUCCUUUCCUUAUGUCUGCAAACUGUCUGUCAAGCUCAACACGCCCCUCCCAGCGUCUGCAGCAUGCAAAAGGCUGUUCAGCAUAGCAGGUCUCGUUUUCAGCCCACGAAGAGUACGAAUAAAUUUUAGGCACUUUGAAAGCCAGCUGCUUUUGAAGAUGAACAGAAGGUUUUAUAGUUUCAAGUGAUAAUGGGGUUAUGUGCAAGGAUGACCACAAGGGGUGGUUAAGAUUUGGAGGGGAAGAAAAACGUCAAGGGCAAAAGUGUGGAGGGGAUGAGGGGCUUGUGUUUACAAAGUGUUUAAGAUUUAGUUAAUAGGCCUGAAGUGCAUCUUUUUUUCUCUGGUGUGAUGUACACUUCAUUUCAGCACUGCCUUUUUUAUGUUUUAAGGUAGUUUUACUAAAAAGGUCUUCCUCUUCAAAUGCCAAAUAAGCUGCUGUUCCCUCCCAUUUCU